AUGGCUAACCAUUACACUGUAGAACAGAAGUACGAAUUAAUUAGUGCUGGUCUACAGGAGAUUCUUGGUCAGGAAGAGUUGAAGAAGAUUCUUGCCCAAAGGGAUCUUAAAGUUUAUUGGGGGACUGCAACGACAGGAAAACCCCAUAUUGGAUACUUAGUGCCAAUGCUGAAGAUAGCUGAUUUUUUGGCAGCUGGUUGUGAAGUAACUGUUCUUUUGGCUGAUCUGCAUGCGGUUUUAGAUAACAUGAAGGCUCCCCUAGAGCUAGUUAAGGCUCGAACGGCGUACUAUAAGGUCGUAAUUACGGCCUUACUAAGAAGGGCUGGUGCUCCACUAGAGAAGAUUAGAUUUGUGGCUGGCACAGAGUUUCAGCUCGAGAAGGAGUACGUAAUGGACGCGCAUAAACUAUCAACCUUGGUGACUGUUCAUGAUGCCCAGCGAGCUGGAGCCGAAGUGGUUAAGCAAACGGACAAUCCUCAUUUGAGUGGAUUAGUCUACCCGGGAAUGCAGGCCUUGGAUGAAGAGUAUUUGGGUGUGGAUGCUCAAUUCGGUGGGGUUGACCAGCGGAAGAUCUUUAUCUAUGCUGAGAAGUACUUACCCAUGCUCGGGUACCGCAAACGGAUCCACUUAAUGAAUCCGAUGGUGCCUGGACUUGGUGCUGGUAAAAUGAGCAGCAGUGAAGAGAGUUCUAAGAUCGGUUUAACUGAUACGGAUGCUCAGAUAAAGAAAAAGAUCUCCAAGGCUUUCUGUGAGGAAGGCAACAUCGAGCCAAAUGGAGUUCUAUCCCUGAUUGGACAUGUCAUUCUCCCCACUCUACCGGCUGGAGAAAAGUUCGUUAUUGAUAGAUACAAGACCCAGGACACGCUCGCCUACGACUCCAAGAAGUCCCUAGAAGCCGAUUUCCAAAACCGGCUCAUUCAUCCUGCUGAUUUGAAGCAAGCUGCCGCCAAAUACUUGAUUGAAUUCAUUCGGCCAGUCCGGGAAGAGAUCGAGAAAUACCCAGAACUGAUUGCCCAGGCGUAUCCCUCGCCGGCCAAGAAGUAG